GAGCGGCCAGGUCUCCCAGGCUCCAAUCACUCUGGAGACUGAGCCAUGGGGGGAAAGCCGGAUGAAAACGAGGCCUACGGAAAACCAGCCAAGUAUGACCCCUCCUUUCGAGGCCCCAUCAAGAACAGGAGCUGCACGGACGUCCUCUGUUGCUUCCUCUUCCUGGUCUUCAUUUUGGGUUACAUCGUAGUGGGGAUUGUGGCCUGGGUGUAUGGGGAUCCUCGGCAAGUCCUGUACCCCAGGAACUCCACCGGGGCCUACUGCGGGGUGGCAGAGAACAAAGACAAGCCCUACGUCCUCUACUUCAAUAUCUUCAGCUGUGUCUGGACCAUCAACGUCAUCGAAAUCGCCCAGAAGGGCCUACAGUGUCCCACACCCCAGGUAUGUGUGUCCUCCUGCCCACACGUCCUGUGGAGUGUGCCGGAGGACCAGUUCUCCAAGAAGGUUGGGGAAGUCUAUAGCGGAGACAGGAACGUCUGUGUGCCUGGGGUGUCCUCAGACAUGACAGUGUGGGAAAGUCUCCAACUGGAACUCUGCCCCAGAUUCCUCCUUCCCUCCACUCCAGCUCUGGGGAGAUGUUUUCCUUACUCCAACAUGAACUUCACUUUACCUGAUCUACCAUGGAUCGAUAACAGCACCAUCUCCCAGGGGAUCAGUGGCCUUAUGGACAGCAUCAAUGCCCGGGACAUCACUGUUAAGAUCUUUGAGGAUUUUGCUCAUUCCUGGUACUGGAUCCUCGUGGCCCUGGGCGUGGCUCUGGUCCUGAGCCUGCUCUUCAUCCUGCUUCUGCGGCUGCUGGCCGGGCCCCUGGUGCUGCUGCUCAUCCUGGGCGUGCUGGCCGUGCUGGCCUACGGCAUCUACCACUGCUGCCAGCAGUACCGAGCGCUCCGGGACAAGGGCGCCUCCAUCUCCCAGCUGGGCUUCACCACCAACCUCAGUGCCUACCAAAGCGUGCAGGAGACCUGGCUGGCGGCCUUGAUCGUGCUCGCGGUCCUCGAGGGCGUCCUGCUGCUCCUGCUCAUCUUCCUGAGGCAGCGGAUCCGCAUCGCCAUCUCGCUCCUGGAAGAGGCCAGCAGGGCUGUGGGGCAGAUGAUGUCAACCAUGUUCUACCCUCUGGUCACCUUUGUCCUCCUGGUCAUCUGCAUUGCUUACUGGGCUAUGACAGCUCUGUACCUGGCCACAUCUGGGCAACCCCAGUACGUCUAUUGGGUGUCCAACACCAGCACACCUGGCUGUGAGACGGCACCUGUGAAUGAAUCAUGUGAUCCUAUGGCCUCAUCCAAGAAUCACUCAUGCCCAGGGCUAACGUGCACCUUCCAAGGCUACUCGUCCACAGGCCUGGCACAACGUUCUCUCUUCAACCUACAAAUCUACGGGGUCCUUGGGCUGUUCUGGACCAUUAACUGGGUACUGGCCCUGGGCCAGUGCGUCCUGGCUGGGGCCUUUGCCUCUUUCUACUGGGCCUUUCAUAAGCCUCAAGAUGUUCCGACCUUCCCUCUGAGCUCAGCCUUCAUCCGCACUCUCCGUUACCACACAGGGUCGCUAGCCUUUGGAGCCCUCAUCCUGACCCUUGUGCAGAUGGCUCGGAUCAUCCUGGAGUACAUUGACCACAAGCUGAGAGGAGCCCAGAACCCUGUUGCUCGCUGCAUCAUGUGCUGCUUCAAGUGCUGCCUUUGGUGUCUGGAAAAAUUCAUCAAGUUCCUAAACCGCAAUGCGUACAUCAUGAUCGCCAUCUACGGCAAGAAUUUCUGUGUCUCGGCCAAAAACGCCUUCAUGCUUCUCAUGAGGAACAUUCUCAGGGUGGUGGUCCUGGAUAAAGUCACAGACCUGCUGUUGUUCUUUGGGAAGCUGCUGGUGGUCGGAGGUGUCGGGGUCCUGUCCUUCUUCUUCUUCUCUGGUCGCAUCAAGGGGCUGGAUAAAGACUUUGACAACUCCCCUCUCAACUAUUAUUGGCUGCCCAUCAUGACCUCCAUCCUGGGAGCCUACGUCAUAGCCAGCGGCUUCUUCGGUGUCUUUGGCAUGUGCGUGGACACGCUCUUCCUCUGUUUCCUGGAAGACCUGGAGCGCAAUGAUGGCUCCCUGGAGCGGCCCUACUACAUGUCCAAGGCUCUUCUGAAGAUUCUGGGCAAAAGGAAUGAGGCGCCCCCCGGGAACAAGAAGAGGAAGAAGUGAGAGACUGCACCCCACCUGCGCAGAUGCCGCCACGCUUGCCUUACAAAUCCUAAUUUUGUAGUAAACAGAUUUUAUUAAAGAUUAAUAUUUGUUUUCUCAAUAA